AAGCGGUGACAUCACGAGCGCCAUAUUGAAACACUUUUGCCUUUCCCAUUUUUUUCUUGUCUCUAGGCGGCCAUCAGUGGUCUAUCUCCAGCUGAAUUCUGAAGAUUUUUAGAGAGAAUCUCAAACAUGGAAAUCGAUACCCUUCUGGAGGCUCUAAAAGACUUUGAGAAGAAAGGAAAAAAAGAACUUUUUCCUCUAUUGGAGCAGUUUCUGUGCCACGUUGCCAAAACUGGAGAAACAUUGGUGUCAUGGUCCCAGUUUAAGAGCUAUUUCAUCUUCAAACUGGAGAAAGUGAUGGAUGAUUUUAGGGCCUCUGCACCGGACCAACGGGGCCUUACAAAUCCAAAUGUGGAGUGCAUUCCAUUUGAUGAGAUGAAGGCACGGAUAAUGAAGAUUGUCAAUGGAUACACAGGAAUCCCGUUCACCAUCCAGAGGUUGUGUGAGCUUCUCACUGAGCCAAAGAGGAACUACACAGGAACAGAGAAGUUUCUACGAGGGGUUGAAAAGAAUGUGAUGGUCGUUAGUAGUGUGCACCCUACAUCAGAGAAGAAUGGAUGCAGUGGGAUCAACAGAAUGAAUGGUGUGAUGUUACCUGGAAAUGCGUCUGCAUUUACAGAGAGGAAAGUCAAUGGCCCUGGGACACCCAGGCCUCUAAACAGGCAGAAGGUCCCCCUGGCCAGCUCACUAGCCACCAAUGGCCUUCCCGACAGCACAGAGAAUAAAGACCCCAACACAUCGAGCGGACACAGCAAACUACACGGUGAAACGUCUGCAUCAGGUCUCAGCCGAUUUUUGUUGAGGAACAAGCACCCGGUGAAAGAGGAUGACGAGGGUCUGGAGGAGGAACAGCCUGAAGUGAAGAGGCUGAAGUUCCUGAAGGACGGCGAGGAAGCAGCAGAGGAAGAGGACGACGAAGAGGAAGACGAGGACGAGGCAGACGAGUCGGCGGUGGAGACCCUCCGGCCCAUGCUGGCCGAGAGCUCGUCGGACCCCCAGCAGGCCCACGCCCAGUCCUCUGUAUCGCCAGAGAAGCAGAGGGAUGAAGAAGAACUAGAGGAGGAAGAGGAGGACUCUGUGCCUGCCAGCUCUGUAGCCGUCUGCCAAGACCCAGAGCCCUCCAGCACCCAGACAGAGCCUUCACCCGAGGAGAGCAAAGCAGGAGAGAAGGAGGCAGAGAGGGAGGCCAACUCGGAGCGGGAAGUUCCCAGCAGUGCUGACGACAACCCAGAGGAGCCUGCCGACAUGGACCAAUCAGAGCAGAGGGCACCCUCGGGUACGGCUGCCAGCCCCGAGAACAGGGAGGCGAGAGACGAGAGCAACGAACAUGUCAGCAGCAGCAGCAACAGUUGCAGUGAGGAGAUCGAGGAGUCCACCGCUGCCGCGACCCCUUCUGACAGUACCACAGAGCUCCCUACAGAGGGCGCCCCAAAGUCAGACGCUCAGGACUCGGCCUCAGCAGAAGAGCCCAUGGAGGUGGAUUAGAGCCAUCAUGACCACCACCAGCAGCCGCAGCAGCAGCAGCAGAAUCAUAACCAUCUGCCCUCAACACCAACCUUCUCUCAACCACCUACUCUGUCCUGCCCACACACCCCUCCCCCCAGGGCUGAGGGCAGUGAUUUGGAACACCUUAGCUCUCUCCAGGAGACUGAUUGGAGUAUGCCACAGUGGCCUCCCCUCUUCCUCGUCUUCUCUUUCCAACUCUUUCUCUCGUCUCAUACACACGUCGGCUCAGGAGUAGCUCACUGGGCCCCAGCUGCCCUUCCCUGAGCCCCCACAUGGUCACCUGUCACUGGUGUCUGUGCGUGCCCGUGUGUUUUUCUACCACAGAAUUUGAGAGUUUUUAAAAUACUUGAUAAAAGAGUAGCCAAAUGCUCCUCACGCGCUCCAUUCUGUUCUGUUUGUUGGUUUCUAUCUGUCUGUCUGUCUGUCUGUCUGUCUUCCCUCCAGGUUAGAUCCAGUGAGACGGCCUUUCUGGUUUUUCUUUCCCGUGGCCUGACCAGUAGAGGGUCUGUAAAGGUGACGUGUGUUGCUCUUCUUUUUUUUAAAUGACUUUUCUUUUGAAUUUAUAUUGCUUAGUGCAGCAACCACAGAGGUGUUGACCUCCCUGUAAGUGCAGACGCACGUCACCAGAGUAGGCUACCUGCACUGUAGUUAUGCAGCCACUCCAAAGAUCCGCUAUGAGUAUGUUCUGAAUCUGGAGCUUUUACCGCUCCCUGCCCUCUGUUGCAGUUUUUUGUUUUCUGUCUCUUUCACAUUCUUAUCCGAGGUUUCAAAGAGAAGAGGAAGGUCUUGUUUAAAUGUAGGUGACUCAGAAAAAGAAAAUACUGUAGCCUUGUGACUCUCUCCUCGUCUCUAGUUGAAAAUGACUGCAUUAGAACGGCAUGGCAAAAGCUACUAAACGAUGUGAAAGCCAGUUUAGGUUGCUAUCCUCACCCAGCCCGUUGAAUUCAGUCAGAAGGAAAGGGAAGUGAGGAGAGUGGGCUACGUCAGGGAACCCAGGUGGAGGGACGCCUAACAUUUCCCCCUUUCCUACUGCCCCAUCUCACACGCUAUGUCGAAAUCUCACUGACUGUUCCCAAAGGAGGAAGUUCAUUUAACCUUAACCUGAUGUUUAACACAACCACAACUCUUUUUUUUUUUAAUUUAUGAAGACAUCUCAGUUAAAUAACCUAUAUAUAUUUUUGAAGAAGCAAAACAAAGGUCUUUAUCGUUUAUUGUUUUGUUUGAUUUUUGGCAGCCAGUUAUUGAUGACUGGACGUGUGCAGCUGAGAGUAGGUAGCUGCUGAAACAUCCCUAUGUAUGUAUGUAUGUAUGUAUGUGUGUGCGCGUGUGUGUGUGUGUGUGUGUGUGUAUGUAUGUGGCGCUCUGAUGACUGCGUCCCGUCGCUGAACUCAAAAAGUCUUUUUUUUUUUUUCACUGACUCUGUGCGAGCUGAAGCAAUAACUGGCUCCCAAAAGGCACAGUUCUCUCCACAGCUGUACUGUUUUUGAUAUUUAGAAUUUUUAAAUUCCUGUAGAGGUUUUUUGUAGAUUUACAAAUAUGUGUUCACUGCCUCUGUGAAUCCAUACGAAUUGUACAUUUUUUGUGUGUAUACCUGAAUGCGUGUGCUUUACAGUAUAAAUAAAAGAUUUUCAAUACAGUUGAGGCAAUAAAUGUUACGGGUUUUAAUG